CGGCGGCGGCCGGGGGAAGCCGCGGGGCCGGUCAUGCGGCUGCGGGGCCCGCGGCCCGGAGCGUGCGCCCAGCCCUGAGCGAGGGGUCUGCUGUGGCGUCUCUCAUCAGUAUCCAGAGCCAGAACAGAAGUGUCAAGUCUGGGAAGACCAGUGCCCGGGGCUGACGGUCAACAGUUGGCGUCGCCGGUUCAAAUCCAGAAAUGGGGUCACGGGUUAGGGCACAGAGGCCCCGCAGGGCGCCCCCCGCCGCUGAGGAUGGGUCACUGCAGCAGCCGCGCCCUGACCCUGCUGAGCAGCGUGUUCGGCGCGUGCGGCCUGCUGCUGGUGGGCAUCGCGGUCAGCACUGACUACUGGCUGUACAUGGAGGAGGGCACGGUGCUGCCGCAGAACCAGACCACGGAGGUCAAGAUGGCCCUGCACGCCGGCCUCUGGCGAGUCUGCUUCUUCGCAGGCCGGGAGAAGGGUCGCUGUGUGGCCUCGGAGUAUUUCCUUGAACCGGAGAUCAACUUGGUGACGGAAAACACGGAGAAUAUUCUGAAGACGGUGCGCACGGCCACCCCGUUCCCCAUGGUCAGUCUCUUCCUAGUGUUCACGGCCUUCGUCAUCAGUAACAUCGGCCACAUCCGCCCACAGAGGACCAUUCUGGCCUUCGUUUCUGGCAUCUUCUUCAUCCUGUCGGGGGGCUGGCGUGAUGUCCGUGUACUUGUUCACCAAGCGCUACGCGGAGGAGGAGAUGUACCGUCCGCACCCGGCCUUCUACCGUCCGCGUCUCAGCGACUGCUCCGACUACUCGGGCCAGUUUCUGCAGCCCGAGGCUUGGCGCCGCGGCCGCAGCCCCUCCGACAUCUCCAGCGACGUCUCCAUCCAGAUGACGCAGAACUACCCUCCCGCCAUCAAGUACCCGGACCACCUGCACAUCUCCACCUCGCCCUGCUGAGGCCCGCCCCUCGGCGCUCCCUCCUCCUCCUCUUCUUACUCCUAUUCCUCCUUCUCGGAGGUCUCUGGGCCCCACAGCUCCGCUCCCUCCCUCGGGAGGAAGCUCCGCACGCUUUAGCCCCGCCCUCUUCCCGGUGGGCGCGCCCCUCCGUCCUAGCCCCUCCUACUUUCCAAGGGCUCCUCCCCCUUCGGGGCCUCACGACCUCCUCGGUCCGAUCCGCUCGUAGACGGCCCCGCCCCUUCUCCCCUGGGGCCCGCCCCUUUCCUCUGGCCCCGCCCCUCCCCUCCCAUUUCCGGGCCGCGGGUUUCCCUGCUGCGCGCGCUGCGCGCCCGUGGCUCGCGGGGUAGGCGCCCACCCACCCCUAGCCCCACAGCCGGCCGCCUCGCCGCAGGGGCGCUGGGCAGGAGAGCGGGUUCGGCAGCCGCCAGGAAUGCCAACCGUCCUCUUCUCGCCCCGGCCCCGACUUCUGUCUUUCCCCGCCCAAUCUCAUCUCCGGACCUUCCGGGCCCGCGGGUGCAGCGGGCGGUCUUCUUGCUGCGCCCGCAGCUGCGAGGUAGGGUGGGGAGCAGGAGCCCGGGGCGUGCUUAACCUGGUGUCCCCCCUCCCGGUUCUCUGCUCCCCUCGGAGCCCUCGUUCUUCCUCAUCGGCUGGGCUCUUCUCGGCCUCCUGAAGGUCACCUGCCUUUUAAGGGGGCGCCUUCGGAAGGAUCUCCUUGCUUUCUCAGUUGCCCAUGGCUUCUUUUUCUUCCUCUUCUUCCAGCUCUGUCUCCCUUCCUCCUUUCUACCCGCUCAUCCAAAGCCUCUAGGUGCAUCUAGCCACGCACGCCGCACGACAGGGAUGGAGACCCUAGGGUGGAGGGAAUUCCUCCGUGCCAUUUCCACACCUGUGCCCGCCUCUUCCCCCUCGAGGCCCCGUCGGGGGAGGGAGAGGCAGUAGCGGGGGUCGAAACCCCCCAAACCUCGAAGUCUUCCAUUUUCUGGCACUCCCCCUCAUUGAAGUCCCCCUUCCCAUCUCAGACCCCCCAACUCUGGCCUCUUUCAAGGGUCCGUCCGCCCCCUUGGACAGAUUUGGGGGUAAGGUCACCAGAAACUCGCCCUCCCCCCUUAUUAGAGGAGAGGGGGCGAGGUAGCACAGUGUUGUACACGGAACCAGAAAGGCCCCCGGGGUGGGG